GUAAAAUUUAUCAUAAAAUAUUUUAUUAUGCAGCCAUAAAAUUAGUUUUCAUUAUUUGGAAAUGUACAAACAAAUGAAACUGAAUAAAAUAGCGAAGUGAAGAAAAAAAGAGAAGAGUUUGCAACAGAAAUCAGAUCUAGAGAGAGAAAUAAUAUUAUAAACAAUAAGAGACUAGCUUAAAAUGUAGUUCAAAUUGAUUAUUGAUAUUAGAACUAAACAUAAAAAUUACCAGAAUCUUAAACGUUAAUACCAACAAACCUUCCAUAAGAAUUGUAAAUAGCAUUGAAAAAUCAACAAGAAGUUCUAUAAAAAAGACAAUUUACAUUUGAUGAUUUUCCUGAUGUUCUACAAAAGAUCUAUUCAACAGAUAUUUUACAAUUACAUUAUGGAGUGACAGGAUUAAGAAAGAUGUUAUCUGUAGAAGUAAGAAAUACAUAAAAAUAAUUAGUCAGGUGCACCAAUAUAAUAGGUGAUAGAUGCAAAUUUGGUACCUAAAUUAAUUGAUAUAAUUUAAAAAGAAUAAAUUCCUUAAUUAGUAUUAGAAGCAGCUUGGGCUUUAACAAAUGUAGCAAGUGGAACAACUUAAUAAACUUAAUCAAUAAUAGAUAAAGGUGGAAUAUAUUUAUUUGUUAAACUUUUGAGUUCAUAGUAUAAAGAUAUUGCAGAAUAAGCAGUAUGGGCAAUAGGUAAUAUAGCAGGAGAUUGUACACAAUAUAGAGAUCUAAUAUUAAGAGUAGGUGGAGUAGAUCCAUUAAUAGCAAUAAUGUAAAAUGCUCCUAGUAAAAAUACUAUAAAACAUUGUACAUGGUCUUUGAGUAAUCUUUGUAGAGGGAAACCAAUUCCUGAAUUUAAGGUAAUUAUUUUAAUACUAUAUAUAUAAUAAUAGUAUGUUAAGAAUGCAUUACCAGUCUUUUGUAAAGUCAUAAUAGAUGAUACUGAUCCAGAAGUACUGACUGAUGCUUGUUGGGCAUUGUCUUACUUAAGUGAUGGAGAUAAUAGUAGAUUAUAAACUGUUAUUGAUUCUUAAGUGGUUCCUACAUUAAUUAGAUUACUAGAUCAUUCAUCUUUAUAAUUAGUGAUACCAACUAUAAGAAUUUUAGGAAAUGUAGUUACUGGAGAUGAAGCAUAAACAACAUACGUAUUAAGUUAAGGUUUAUUAUAAAAAAUACCUAAAUUGCUUUCUCAUGAUAAGAAAUCUAUGAGAAGAGAAGUAUUUAAAUAUAUCUAUAUUUUAGGCUUGUUGGACAAUCUCAAAUAUUACUGCAGGCAGUAGUAAUCAAGUUAGUUAGGUCGUUAGAGAUUCUGCUAUUUUAGAAAAAUUAUUCACUUUGAUGACUACUGAUGUAGAAGAAAUUGUAAGAGAAGCUACUUGGGCCAUCUCAAAUUCAACUAAACAUGGAAGCAAUUAAGAUAUCUAAUUACUUGUUUCUAAAGGAUUAUUUAAUGUCUUUAAAUAACUUUUAGAAGGUGAUGACACAUAAACUAUGACUGUUGUUUUAGAAGCCUUAUUCAAUGUCUUAAAAAGAGGUAUCUUAAUCUCUUUUUUAUUUUAGGUGACUAAGAUUUCAAAGAUGACAAUUAUUACUUAACUUAAUUAGAAUAAAUGGGUGUCAUUUCUAAAAUUGAAUAAUUGCAAAAACAUUAAAAUUAGAGUAUCUAUCAAAAAUGUUUUAACAUUCUAGAAUAAUAUUAUGAAGCUGAAUCAGAAUUAUGA